AUGCCAUAUAACUUUUGUUUUCAGUGUUUUACACGUUUGUGGUUUUUCGGGUUAGUUUUAAUAGUCAGAUCAGAUCUCCAAACGAUAAUUCCUUUGUGGCAAUUUGAAACUGGUCGUUACUUCCAAGUUGUGGUCACCAAAGUUGUCACGAUGGAUAGCACGCAAAUAACAUAUGAUUACUUAAUACCGUCAUUCAUAUCAACGGUAACUCAUCCACUGACAUAUGCCAGGGCAUUGAUGUUGUUGGGUUAUGAACCAUUUCCACCAGUUCGGCGAUUUUCUUUACGUAACAUCUUUCAACCUGAAUAUGAGGCAUACUACUACCCAAAUGUCUUCACAUACUGUCAUAAACUUCGACAAGAAGUUGGCCUUUAUAGCAUCUUCACUACUGGUCUUCCUGCUAGUAUUGUCGGAUCAUUUGUUAAAUCCUAUUCCACUGAUAGGAUUAUGGAGCACUUAACUCCAGCCUUUUUUGAAAAGAAGACAUUUUUCGAGACUGAAAGAGGAAUGAAAAAUUUCCUGAUUAGUACCGGUAAGGUUACCGUCGCUCGUGUAGUGGGCACAAUUGUCAGCUAUCCCUUUCAAGUUGUAAUGAUCCGCCAAAUGUCUCAGUUUAUCAACAGAUCGCAUUUAUACGAUUGCAUUUUCGUUGCUUUUCCUAGUAUAUUAAAACAUGAAGGCUUAUUCAGUUUCUUCAGUGGUUUAACGCCUAGACUUAUAGGCGAAGUGAUUACCGUUUGGUUGACUGCCUGUCUCGCUUAUUUGUUCAAUAAAUACAUCUUUACAAACCAAGUAGAUCCGUCUCUGAAGAAACAUACGCCAUUUGUGACUGGGGUGUUGGUAGCUGGCACCACUCAUGGAUUGACCGUAACUUCGACAGUUAUGGCUGCACGUGAUUCCAGAUUUUUGCAGUCUGAUAGGUAAGUUGCUUCUGAUUAAUAUUAUGUAGAAAUAUUGGGAUAUUUUUAAUGUUAGUUCUAGAAUUUGGCGUAAGAUUGUUUGUAUGCAAUUUCGACCAAUCAGUAGGCUCAUUUGCAGUCCACGAGAAAAUCGUGCCUAUGUACAGAGUGCCUAACCAAAAAUUGUCGUAGUUUUCGCAGCAAUAAUAAUUUGACACCUACGUAUUUUACUUUUUCUUCCAAUAUGCUUUUUCGUGCGUAAAUGUGUCAGUUUAGCAAUCAUUCUAAAAUAAAUAAUACUGAAUUCAUCCUGGAUGCUAUAUCCUAGGUUUUUAUUAUUGUUCGCGGAACAUUUCGAUAUAGGAUUUUAAAUAGUAGUAUUUUAUGAGAGACAUAUUUAUUUAAACACAAAUUGACCACAACUGGGUUAUGGAGAUGAAAAUGAACAUUGUGCCUGUAUUCGACAACUGGUGGCAGUGUUACUCCUACCUCAAUCAAUCUGAUGCUUUUGUUCGAGGAUCAUCUCUAUUUUUCCGACGUGCUCCUGCUCCGGUGGCUAAAUUAUAUGGAUAUAGUUAUUAAACAUCUCUCUUUGAAAGUAACACUUUAAUAGGUGGACCUUUAAAAUUGUAACACCUUUUUUUAUCCCCUUAGAAGUGAGCUUCUAGAUUUACACUUGUUCAUACUGUGCUCUUCACCUUUUCAUCAAUUUCUGCUACAAAAAAUAUAUAAAUAAAAUAUUUUAUUCAAUGGCUUGCUUUUGUUUUUCUUUUCAUAAUAAUCUCACCUUCCUUCGUCUUUUACUGAUUAAUUUUGCAUCAUGUAAAUGUAUAAUUUUAUUCAGUUAAUGUGUUUACGUAGUUUUCCAAUGGUAGUAAGACAUUUUCUUGGUACGAUAUAUUUUUUUGUUCCAGUUGAUUUUAAUAAUCAUUUCUUGAAUUAGCACUGUAGAUUGUUUACUUUCAUAAUG